AUGCCAAUCACGUUUGACACCAAAAUUCAUGCGUACACCGGCUGUUCUACGGGUUGGCGCGACAUUCUGCAUACGACAAUACCUCCCAAUCACAAUCAAAGUAUAGGCCCUGACCCUUGCAAUGCUUUCGUCUUUCUCGACAAUGCCAUUAUCAAUGCGGCCACAUCCCGAGCGUUGAAGCGGCGGUGGGUCCGCCAGGCCAGGAAGCAAUUCCGCGAUCGGAGCCGGCAGCUACAACUAUCGAAGGAAAAACUACCUUACACCAUCGCAAUGGCUGGAGACGGCGUUUCCUCGGCAGGCGAGAAGCUCCAUGGCGUCUCCAAGCUUGACAACAGAACGGUACCCCCCUUGGGUAUGACAGGACCCCAAUUCGUCGAGAACGCAACACAAGUAAUCAAGGAAAUCGAGCAAUACUACAGCACCAUCUCAGACCGCCCAGUUCUCCCUUCAAUCAAGCCCGGAUAUCUGGCCAAGCUUCUCCCGGACUCUCCGCCUCAGGAAGGCCAACCAUGGCCAGAAAUCCAGAAAGACAUCGAAAGGACGAUUAUGCCUGGCAUCACACAUUGGCAGCAUCCCAAAUUCAUGGCCUUCUUCUCAGCAUCUUCGACGUAUCCGGGCAUUCUGGGAGAAAUGUGGAGCGCGGCACUCACAGCACCGGCAUUCAACUGGAUCUGCAGUCCUGCCGUGACGGAGCUAGAAACCAUUGUUCUCGACUGGAUGGCUCAAGUCCUCGCUCUCCCUCCAGCCUUUCAUUCCAAAGGUACAGGAGGAGGAGUGAUCCAAGGAUCCGCCUCCGAAGCUGUCGUCACAGUCAUGAUCGCCGCCCGAGAAAGAUACGUAAGGCGACAAAUCGAACGGGAAGGCAUCACAGAUGCCGAAAAAAUCGAAGACCGAAGCUGUGAAAUCCGAGGGAAACUCGUAGCUCUAGCCUCAGAUCAAACACACUCCAGCUCUCAAAAAGCCGCCACAAUCGCCGGAACCCGCUUCCGCAGCAUCGCAACAACCCACCAAGACGCCUACGCCCUCCGCGGCCCCCAACUCCUCCAAAAGCUGCAAGAACUACAAUCCCAAGGCCUAAAACCCUACUACCUCACCCUCUCCAUCGGCUCGACAGGCGUCUGCGCAAUCGACGACUUCCCCUCCAUCCAAAAAGUCGCCUCAUUGUACCCAGACCUCUGGAUCCACGUCGACGCCGCCUACGCCGGCGCCGCAUUGAUCCUCCCCGAAAACCAAUCCCUCAGCCACAACCUCUCCUUCGUCGACUCCUUCAAUUUCAACAUGCACAAAUGGCUCCUCACCAACUUCGACGCCUCGAUCCUCUACAUCCAAACCCGCCGUCACCUGACCGAAGCCUUAUCCAUCACCCCGGCCUACCUUCGGAACGAAUUCACAGAAAAGGGACUCGUGACGGACUAUCGAGAUUGGCAGAUCCCGCUGGGUCGAAGGUUUCGCGCGCUGAAAAUUUGGUUCGUGGUGCGGACGUACGGGGUCAAAGGGCUGCAGGAACAUCUUCGGCACCAUGUGAAGAUGGGGGAGAUCUUUGCGGAGUGGGUGAGGAGUCGAAGGGAUAUUUUUCGGAUUGUUGCGCCGCCGAGGUUUGCUUUGACGGUUUUGACCGUGAAUGCUCCUCCUCCUCCUCCUCCUCUUCAUCGGUCCCGGAAAAGAAUUGUUCGGGCUGGAGAUGAGGCUGAUGAGGAUGAUGAUGAUGAGAUUUUAAAAGCUGGGAAUGAUUUGACAAAGGAAGUGUUUACGAUCAUUGAUGGGAAGAAAGAGUUUUUCUUGACUUCGACGCUUGUGGGAGGUGUGUAUGCGAUUCGAGUUGUGAGUUCGAAUCCUUUGGCUGAGGAGAAGUAUGUACGAGAAGUGUUUGAUGAGCUUGUGAGGACGACUGAAGAGAAUUGUGGGAUUAUUGCAUGCAUGCCAUCCUUGCUGGAAUCUCUGAUUACCGCUUGGUGUCAUGCUAUCCUCCCCUUUGAUCUGGUAAUAUCAUAAUGCUCCUGCGACCUUGGUCCUGACCUAUCGAGCCGUACAUAACCCUUGUCUUAAUCUGCGUCGUCGAUGCCCCUCCCAUUGACGGAAGAACAGCUCUUGCUCCCAAAACUUUCCAAGUUUCGCUCUCAAAGUAUGCAGUGCACUUCUUUCAUCUUCUCGCUGUCUUGUUAUUUCUAUCUGGAGCUCCGCCUUGUUCAGCGCCAAAUUUCUCGUGAGCCUGAUCCAGCUGGGAGGCCGAGGAAUCGAAAUGGCCUUCGUGUGAGUCGCAGAAGGCCAUUGUGCAGUACUUGGUGCUGCAGACACCAGAAGAUCGCAAGUCGCCGAGAUUAGAUUUGGGUGUCAAAUUGCUUGCGAUUUGCCUCCUACAAGCGGUGAGGUGUAGCCGUCUCAUGUUGGCGGUCUACACAUGCUGCCGCUCAACCUUCAUGGAUCUUCUGCCUCCUAGUAUGCUCAAUGAUGAAGAGUAAGGCCGCGCAUACACCGUAACACCGAAGUAGACCAUGUAGUGACUUUUGUCACCACACCGGCUGACUUUCCACUGCAGUAAGCCCCGUAAUUGUCAAGGCUGCUUGCUUGGCUCGAAAUCAGGCACUUCAUCUGAGGAACGGGGGGUUAAACGACGCUCGCCGAUGAUCGACCUCCU